GGGCGGGUGCGCACCCAGCCUGCGCGCCAGGACGACGAGCGCCACGCCGCGUUCUUCGCAGCCGAGCCGCCGGUCGGGGGCGACGAGGCCGAAGCGGCCCAGGAGCGCACCGAGCUGAGGGCCAGGUGUCAGGCGCUCGAGUGCGAAAGGAGGGCGCACCUCCAUCUUUUUUCCUCUAUGAUCGACGAGCUCCAGGCUGGGCUCCCGCCCGACGUCGGCGGCGUCGGGGCGCUCGAUGAGCUCUUGCGCCUCCGCGCGCGGUGCUCCGGCCUGGAGGAGGAGAAGCUCGCGCUGGGCGCGCAGGUGGAGCAGCUGCAGGCGCUUUGCAGCAUGUUUGACGAGGAUCAGCCACGAGAGCGCGGAGGUGGCCGACCUGCACCAGCGGUGCAGGGUGCUCGAGGCUGAGAAGUUUGACAACCCCCGGGGCGUGUGCAAGCAGCUGGAGGCCGAGCGCGGCCCGGGCCUCGGGGCGGAGGCCCUCGGCCGCCGCUGCGCCGAGCUGGAGGCGGAGCGCGAGGCCCUGCGGCUGCAGGUGGGGCAGCUCGCGGCCAGCUGCGACGCGCUCGAGGCUGUGCAGGUAGGGCAGCUGCGCGCGCUGGCCGACGGGCUCGGCGGCCACGACCGCCAGGGGGAGCUGGAGGAGCCUCUGGUGCAGUCGCAGGGGGGUCGGUUUGGGGAUCGCUCCUCCUCGCUCCUCCUCCUCCUUUUCCUCCUCCUCCUCCUCCUCCUCCU